AAACAAUGGACGGGAGCGUUCUGACGGCCAGCAACGCCAUGCUGGAUGCGCUGCCGCCCAGCCCAGCCGAGGGCGCUGAGGACGACCAGGAGGCUGAGGGAAGGUCGAAGAUGGAAAUAAAGCAAUUUCUUCUUGACAUGGACUUGGAUGACAUCAAGUGCGGCUUGGGUCCCUGCAAGCCGAACUUCCUACAGAUGCUGGCUCGUAAAGAGAUCUACAUGUUAAUAUACAACAUCGUGGGCGUAUUGAUGGGCAUGUUCUUUACGUACACUGUCUCUGUGAUAUCUACAGUAGAGAAGAGGUUCGACAUGAGCAGCAAACAAACUGGCAUCGUCCUGGCUGGCAACGACGUAUCGCAGGUACUACUGUCCAUCGUAAUCACCUACUACGGCAGCUACGGCGACAGACCGCGGUGGAUGGGGCUCGGGGUGAUCAACUCAGCGCUCUCGUGCUUCAUCGCUGCAUCUCCGCACCUCAUUUACGGAUCAGGUGGCGAAGCCUUGGCCACCGCACUCCUGUCCAGCGUCCAGAACAGCUCCUCGACCGAGGGAAUAGCGUUGGUGGGGCGUAUGCUGGGUCCAGUGAUGGGUUUCUUCCUGGGCAGCAAGUGCCUCUCGUACUGGAUCGACCUGAGCCUCGACCCAGAGAUCAGCAGGCGGGACCCGCGCUGGCUUGGGGCCUGGUGGCUGGGUUUUCUGAUCCUUGGGACGCUACUCGCCAUAUCGGGUUUCUCUUUGAUGUUCUUUCCGAAGCAACUCUCGUCGAGCCUCGCAGCCCAAAUCCAGCGACUCGAAAGAGCGGAAAUCAUGGAAAAUCCGCCGAAUAGUGAGGUACUUUCCGUGGACCAUUACCUUAACCUCACUCGGCAGAAGAAGAAGCAUACCAAGCCUUCCCUAAAAAAACUUCCUUCGGGAAUGAAAAGAUUGUUCAGUAACAAGGUCUACAUCGGCACUUGCUUUGCCACGGCUUGCGUGGUCCUCGCUUUCUCGGGGCACUCGAGUUUCGAGCCAAAGUAUAUCGAAACUCAGUUCCACAUAAGUGCCAGCGAAGCUAACUUCUACACAGGAGUGACGAGCUUGAUAGCAUCAGUGUUCGGUAGUAUACUUGGUGGCGUGGUGACGAAGUGGAAGCAGCCAAGAGCGCGAUAUGUUGCAGCCUACAGUUUCUUCGUCACAAUAGUGUCGGCCUCUAUUAUGUUCACGCUUGCAUUCGUAAAGUGUCCUGGCGUCAAUAUACUCGGAAUUGAAGGAGUGUGUUCGCUGUCUCGCGAGUGCAGUACCAAGUUCCAGCCUGUGUGUUCCCAGGGGUUACAAACUUAUUACUCUGCCUGCUAUGCCGGCUGCACUUCACUGUCGAAAAAUGGUUCUGAACUGGUCCACGGUGACUGCGCGUGCAUUGCGGAUCCGCUAAUUUCUAUACAGACACUCGACUCGAGCGCUGCGUCGUCGUCGCUGGUUUACAACAACGCCCCUGUGAACGGUAGCCCCUCGUCAGGAGGCUGGGCCGCGGACGGCUACUGUCCCAACGAGUGCUCGAGUUUCUUCACUUACAUCGGCCUCACCAUCGUCAGUAAACUGAUCACUGCUACUGGCAGCGUGGGAGGCACUAUGGUAUUCCUGCGGUCUGUUUAUGAAGGAGAUAAAGCGCUGGCACUUGGCGUCAUUACAGUCUUGUACCGUUUGUUUGGCUUCAUUCCGGGCCCCAUCAUUAUGGGCGCCGUUGUAGACUCUGCGUGUAUGAUGUGGGACAGGAAAUGCGGACAGCGCGGCAACUGUUGGCUCUACGACUCGGACAAGUUCAGAUUAUUGAUGCACCUCGUGGCAGGAAGUCUGAUGCUUCUGUCAAUUAUAGGAGAUAUCGUGGUCUUCAUAUACAGCAAAGAAGUCGAACUUUACAAAGAACCUGAAGAUAAAGUUGAAAUCUACGAAGCUAAAGGGAAAGAAGCUCCGAAUUUAUCUAUUGUUGAAAAUAAUAAAAAACUUAACUUAUAA